ACCCAGUCGCCGGCGCCCCGCGGUGCGCACCCCGCGCAGGACCCGCUGCCGCGCGCCGCCCUCGGCGUCGACCCCUCAGGCGCGCGCGUCCCCGUGCCCGUGCCCGUCGGCGCCUGGAAGCGCCGCUGAAGAUGGCGAGCCCCGCGCCCGCGGAGCACGCUGCGGAGGGAUGCCCGGUGCUUGCUGCCGAGGAACAGGCGCGGCCGCCGCUCCAAGGUCCCCCGAAGGAGGAGGAGAAGGAGGAGGAGGCGGCAGCGCAGGAGGCGACCGCGGCGGUGGCACCCUGCGCGCGGCCGCAGGUGGAGGAGGCCGCAGGCUGGGUGGUGGACGCCGUGACCUGGCUGUUUGGGGAGCCCGGGCUGUGGCUGGGCAGCCGCGCCAUCGAGCUCCUGAGCUGGAAGAGGCCGCUGUGCAGCCUGCUCGCCUUCGUCGGGGCCAACUUGCUGUUUUGGUUUCUUGCACUGACUCCAUGGAGAGUUUACCACCUGAUUUCUGUCAUGAUACUGGGCCGUGUUAUUAUGCAAAUAAUAAAGGAUAUGGUUUUGUCUAGAACAAGAGGUGCACAGCUGUGGAGGAGCCUCAGUGAAAGCUGGGAGGUUGUUAAUUCUAAACCAGAUGAAAGACCCAGGCUCAGCCACUGUAUUGCAGAAUCAUGGAUGAAUUUCAGCAUAUUUCUUCAGGAAAUGUCUCUUUUUAAACAACAAAGUCCUGGCAAGUUUUGUCUCCUGGUCUGCAGUAUAUGCACAUUUUUUACGAUCUUGGGAAGUUACAUUCCUGGGGUUAUACUCAGCUACCUACUGUUGUUGUGCGCGUUCUUGUGUCCGUUAUUUAAGUGUAAUGAUAUUGGACAAAAAAUAUACAGCAAAAUCAAGUCCACUUUGCUAAAGUUAGAUUUCGGAAUUGGAGAAUAUAUUAAUCAGAAGAAACGUGAGCGAUUUGAAGCAGAUAAAGAAAAAAGUCACAAAGAUGACAGUGAAUUAGACUUUUCAGCUCUCUGUCCUAAGAUUAGCCUCACGGUUGCUGCCAAAGAGUUAUCCGUGUCUGACACAGACGUCUCAGAGGUGUCCUGGACCGACAAUGGGACCUUCAACCUCUCAGAAGGCUGUACUCCACAGACAGACACUUCGGAGGAUCUGGACCGACCUAGCGAGGAGGUGUUCUCCCGAGAUCUGUCAGAUUUUCCAUCUCUGGAAAAUGGCACCGGAACCAAUGAUGAAGACGAAUUAAGCCUUGGUUUGCCCACUGAGCUCAAGAGGAAAAAGGAACAGCUGGCCGGUGGUCACGCACAAGGCAAAGAAAGGCAGUCAGCGGCUGGUCUCACCCUCCCACUGAACCAGGACCAGACCUUCCAGUUGAUGAGCAACCUGGCCGGGGACGUCAUCACAGCUGCCGUGACUGCUGCCAUCAAAAGCCAGCUGGAAGGUGCCGCCCAGCAGGCACUUUGUCAGGCUGCAACCAGCACGGCCGAGGACACAGACACCGAGGACGGUGAUGACUUUGAGUUGCUGGACCAGUCAGAGCUGGAUCAAAUUGAGAGUGAAUUGGGACUCACACAAGACCAGGAGGCAGAAACACAGCAAAACAAGAAGUCUUCCGGCUUCCUUUCCAAUCUGCUUGGAGGCCAUUAACGUGGGGAUCAGCCUGCACCAGAGCACAGCUAAACCACCAAACAAAAAAGGUUAAACAUGCAAAAAAAAAAUUUGUUUUGAACUGUAAGCUUUAUGACUAGAUUUGUUUGUUUUAUUUUCCCUUCUGCAGUGACAUUAUUGGAUAUAUAUCAGCUGACACUGAUAGACUGAUACUUCUGAUAGUUAUUUUUAUGUAAUAAGCAUGGAAAUGAACUUUAUAUAUGUAUCUUACUGUGUUGUCAGAGAUGAAUAUUAGGGACUGUUUUUAAAUAAAAAGGAAAAAUCCCAAAA